UUUCAGAUGCCGUUAUAUGUCUCCCGUUUCACAGAAUUCCCUUAUUUUUUCAAAGUGCUCACAGUGUUUUUCUCACUUGCCACUCUGAUCUCACUUACAGGAGCGCCACUACUACCUGGAGGUUCAUCCUUGAUAUGGUUCACAGUGAUAAUCGCACUGCUGAUCGAUCUAGCGAUUAUAGCCAUACUUCUGUUCGAGUUGGAACGCAUCGAAAUCCCUGUCAGAGGCCUUUCACAUUCAUCGUUAGAAUGCUUCACUUCGCUGAUGUUAAGCAUAUUUUACUUUAUCUGCAUCUGGUUAUGCGUUAAUGGCGAAGAAUUCUCGGGUAGUUCAUGGUUCUACCUUGCAGCUUUCUCAUGCUUUGCUAACUUUAUUAUCUAUGCCGUAGAUUUUGCGGUUUAUCUCAGGCAAUGGAUGGCUGAACAAAGAGCUGCAAGAUCCGAUCCAAGCGGAGUGUAUGACUUCCCUUCUUAUGGUUCUCCCUGAAGCCAAACCGUUUCAACUUUCAUUGAACUUGAAAGCCACGCCCUAUUUGCUUUUUAUCUUCGGGUUCAUAUGCUUCACUCAAAAACGUGGUACCAGGGGUUCAAAGCAAUUUUGUUACGAAUCAGUGUC